GAUUUAGUAUCACGGCGAACGUGUAUGAGGGCGGACACGUUCUGUGUUUCGAUACGUAGAUAUGUUUUUAACCUUUGUAUAAAUGAAAGUAUUCCACAAAAAAAUUCGUUACAAACAGCCGCGAAAAACGCUUAUGCAAUCCGAUAUCUGGUGUUUAGUAUAGGUCCCGUUCAUUUAAAAAAUAUAUUAAUGCAUUUAACACGCUGCCCGCAAUCUUCUGUUUGAAUUGUCGACUGUGUUGUUGGGAUCGAUUUUUACGUGUUAUUAAUGAAAUUACUAAGGUGUUCGAGAGUAUUACGCCACAAACAACGUGAGAGAGACUCACUUUAUCCGAUUCGCGAAACCAGAAGAUCUCGUGCCCUCGUUAUAAUCGAUAUAAGUUAAUAAAAAAUGCAUAUUUUUGCUAUGGUUUCAUAAAUGUACGCGGUCAAUACACAUCUUUCGGAUUUAUAUCAUUUAGUAUUCUAUAUUGUCGCGUCUUAUUAGUGUGUGAUAUGUUAUUUCUGUGAUCUUGUGAUAAUACUGAACAUCGUAUUACGUGAAACUUCAGAAAUUGAACCACACCGCGAAUGAUUCCGAGAUCAUACGACGUGAGAACUCCAAUCAAAUUAAAACUAAUUAGUUCUAACAGUGUAUUAUGUGGUAUAGUGUAGUGUUCAACUGUUAGUGUAUAGUCGGCCAUUUUGUAAACAAUAUGGCCGCCAUUCGUUGUGUGUUCCGCGCGGAGUACGGACGUCUCGUCGCUCACGUUUUGCUGCUUCUCUCGCUCGCUGUUUACUCUUCUUAUGGUGGCGGCUGCACGUUUCCAGAGGGCUGGACGGGUAGCUGGUUCCAGUCCGGGAAUCCGGGUCUAAUCACAAUCAACAAAACCCAUAUACAGAUGAAGGGAGAAUGCUAUGAGACAGACUCCAAUGAUAAAUUCCUUUUGUAUUACAGAAAUGAGGACUGCUACAGAUGCAUGGUGAUACACGAGAAACACAAAUACGUCUUACAGUACAAAGAGACAUACUGCAACUCCAAGGACUCUUUGUCGUCAAUGUGCGAGUCGAUCACCGGGGACGCGUCGCUCUACUCCAUGUUCAGAAAGGAGCCAAAGCCUGUGCCGCAGCCCUGCCCCUUCCACCCGGCGCCCUUCACCUUCACAUAUUAUCGAGGCUCUGAAGAGUGCACGUACCCAUUGUCCCGUGCCGAAUCGUGUACUGACGAUUCGCGGCUGCUGCUCCGGUAUAUGGCGUGCGCCGAUAUGCUCAGCUCGGAGAGCAACGUUGAAGAGCUGGUGUGCCUAGCUACAUGGAAGGAAGGUUCCACCAGGUACCUGGUGGGGCAAAUCUCGCAGGUUCAGCGGAGGAAUUCUAUAGCUUCGGAUGAAGACACUUAUCGAUGUUUCAUCUACAAAGGACAGCACACGGAUAAAACGACGACAUACACGAUAGCCCAGUCCGCGGACGCGACCUGCAACGGUCUCUCCUCACCGAUGGACGGAAGUCGAACCAUGAAGUUGACCAGCAGUGACGACGAACACAACCGCUGCCAUUUCCCGAGCUGGAUCGUGCAGCACCACAAAUGGUUCAGUCUGGACCACACGCACCAGUACCAUUUCACAACCAAAAACGCUACCCUCAAGAUAAUCAACGAGGACGGUUCGUUUGAGGAGCGCAGGCUAGUGUGCCACUCUAUACUCGAGCAGAAGGACAAGAAGUAUAUUAAGCUUGUUGCACACGUCACGAAGGGGUGUGAGUCUGGUCACCAGUGCGUGCAGUUCCACCGGCGCGAGUCCUCCGUGCUGGAGCUCCAGGCGGGCGGGCAGCUAGCGGACGCGCCGCACGACGCAUGCGCGCCCCCCCACCUCGCCGCGCCACACGUCACCCUCAUCACAACUUCAUUGACCCCCACCCGCUGCCCCAUUCUCGGGCGGUAUUCCGUGGUCAGUUCCUUGGCUGACAGACGGAGAAGGCGGCAGCAGCUCACCAUAGGUGAUGAAGAGGCGGACGAGCAGCGCGCGGCGGAGUGCGUCGUCGGCGACUACCGGAGUGCCAGCCUCGGCUGCGGGCACGCGCAGGACUCCAUCGAGUUCCGUUCACCAUGCUCCAGCACAGUGUAUACAUGUCACGGAGCGUGGCAGGCCGGCUCGAAGGGGUUCGUGCUGGUGUACGACGCGCGCGCCGUCCGGCCCCGCGCUUCCUGCCUCGUGUACACUGCGCCGUCCACCAACGACACGCGCGCGGGCACGGUGCAGCAGCUGUCGCUGAGCGUGAUGUCCCACUCGUGCGACCGCUCCGUGCAGCCGGGCGUCGCCGGGGACAAGGCCUACAACCUAACAUUAAACGGAACUUGCGAACAAAGCAGCAAAUAUAGCGCCGCCGUCAGCCCUGCGCCGGCGGUCUUCGUUUUGAUGACGUCACUGGCCACGCUUCCCCUCAGAUGAUACGCAGGCCACUAGACUCACCGUCUGUCUGGGUUUGGACGAGUCACAUCGAAAACUGUUUAGCUUUUUUACUAAAACUAUUAGAUGUUCUAUCAUGAUUUGUAAUUAUGGUCCAUAUUUUUUUUCUCUGUAUAGGAUUAAUAUUAUUGUCUGUGGAAAAUGUCGGUUCGAGGUUGCAAUGUUGGGAGCAAUGCGGUAUGGCUAAAUUUGGAAGAUUAUUUAUGAAGAAUAAAAAGAAAAAAAAACCAUUAACAAAAAUUAGGCCAAUUUGUAUUUUGCCAACGUGUCCAAGCCCGAACGUUAGAACGCUUUCGAGGAUAUUUUUUUAAAUUAAUAUAGUUUUUUUUAGUAUCGCUUUCAUUGUGAUAACGUGAUUUGAUUCGGCGGCUAAAAGGUAUCAGUGUAGUAUUCGUUUGGCAGCAUUAUAUUUAUUCGCAGUGGCAACACUGAUCACGGAACUGUCAGUAUUGCUAAAUAAUCUUGGAGAUAUGCGAAACAUUUUGUGAUUUUUCGAAAGGUUUUUUUUAUUUUGUUUUUUUUCUAUAUCACAAAAUGUUUGGUAUUUGUGAAUGUGUACAUUCUUAGGUUAGGCUGGAACUUAACAAUGUUGAAAUGAAACGAAAAUUAAAUGAUUAAUUGUACAUAAUAAUAUUUUACGGUAAAACACUAUCGUCUCUUGUAGUAAUUCAGAUCGUUUUUUUUUUUUUUUGUUUAUCUUAGUUUAAUUCUUUUCGUUUUUUGUGCGCUGGCAACAUUCCGUAGCAGUGUUGUCGGCGCACGAAACGUGAGCGUUCAUUUUGUGGGUCACAUUUUUUUAGCGCAUCGCUUUUUGAUUGUGUAUUUCGAAUAUAUUUAAUACACAUUGACUACGUUAUGCGGUUUUAAAAGUCACCACACGCGACUUUUCCUUUGGGCAGCAGUUAGAACCGCGUUUUUUUUCUCGGCGCGGGAAGAGUUUACUUCUAUGGGCCUGAGUUCAUUCAAAUAAAACGGUCUUUGCUAAGGCCUAUCUUGUCUCAUAGGCACUGUAAAGAAGUCAAAUCUUGCCACGAAAAGACCUCAUACCCACUACCUGAGAUUCCCUUAAAAAUGGUCUCGCAGUCAAUUUGUUAAUUAGUUUUGAUAAACGUACAGACAAUGAUUACUUUGUUAUAACAAUAUUAUUACGAAAACAACAAUAUGACAACAAGAUGACAACACAAGGCAAAACACCCAACGAAAACAGUUUAAAUAGUUUCCUAGUAUUAAUCACAACGCAUGACGUCAAAUGUGGGCUAAUUGUUCUAGUGUAUCUUCCAUAGUUAGUCCACGGGUAGGUACCACCACCCUGCCUAUUUCUGCCGUAAAGCAGUAAUGCGUUUGGGUUUCAAGGGUCGGGCAGCCGUUGUAAAUAUACUAACUUAUAUCUCAUGGUGGGUGGCGCAUUUACGUUGUAGAUGUCCAUGUGCUUUAAUAACCACUUAACACCAGGUGGGCUGUGAGCUCGUUCACCAUAUAAGCAAUAAUAAUAAAAAAAUUGCCCCCAAAUUACGUCACAAUUUUGCAAACGUUUCCAACCGGCAAAGGAGUCCCUUGGAAGCGGCCAUUUUUAUAUUGACGUUUCAAUUGAUUGUCUGUGAAAUACUAACUUUUUUUAAUUGAUUGCUUAGAUGGGUUGACGAGCUCACAGCCGACCUAGUAUUAAGUGGUUACUGAAGCCUAUAGACAUCUACAACGUAAAUGCGCCACCCACCUUGAGACAAGUUCUAAGGUCUCAGUAUAGUUACAACGGCUGCCCCACCCUUCAAACCGAAACGCAUUACUGCUUCACGGCAUAAAUAGGCAGGGUGGUGGUAUCUACCCGUGCGUACUCACAAGAGGUCCUAACACCAGAAUACGCGUUAUAUAGAAGUGACUGAAUUCGCGUAAUAUAAAAAUGCGUUAUAACAUUACCGUGUUACCGGAUUCCCAGAUUACUCCAAUAUGAAUUAUAGACUGUAUUUCAUUUUCCCUUCGUCACUAUCGCAUUAAAUCUGCCAAUUUAAUAUACGAUUAGAUAGAAUAAUCUAGGAAAAAGAUAAAAGACGGUCAAAAUAUUAUUGUUUCAGCUGUGGUACGUUUCAUUUGGCUUUAAUUGUCGCGGUUUUUAGGAAACUUAAAAAAAAAUUAGUAGAUACAAUAAUAAUUGCGUAAAACGAAAUGAAUUAGCGCCAUUGACAGUUUAGCCAAGAUGGCGGCUGCGCGCGAAUCCUAGUGAACAGCUGUAGUCGACAAAUUAGUUUGAAUUCACAACGUAUUAAUUUAUUUAUGAAUUAUUUAUUACUUAGAUUACGUGUUUUCUAAUUUUUUCAUAUAAUUAUUCUUAUGAAUAAAAUUUAAGUUCAAUUCUAUUGUGUUAAAAGUACAAAUUUAAAUUUAAUGUUUGCGGUGGGUGACUACUAUUAAUUUUUUUUGUUUCUUAAAUCAAACAAAGAUCUUUUAUGUGAACGCUAAAUACAAAAUUAUUUUACACACUUUUUUAAACGAAACACGUCGUUCUAUUACGUUAAAAAAAGAUAAAGCUACGCAGUAAAAGUAAGGCAAAAUUGAGCUAAGAUUUACAUGCCGAGGGGUGAAAUAAGUGAGAUUUUUACAACCUUACAGAAGAGCCAUUUGGAGUUUUAAAAUGUGGAAAAAAUAUAACAAAAACACUUGAACUAUUUGAGUAUAGAGUAAAUUUAAUAGAAGUUCAAUUGAAAACAUCGAACUGUUGAUGCUAAAUAAUACAAAAUAAAACGGACCUUUAAUUACAAAGAUAAAUGUCGCGUGUUAAGCGAAAUGACGCUUAAACCGAAUAACCUUUCACCCCUCGAUAUACAGGGUGUCCCAGAAAGAAUGGAUAAUCCUGAAACACCUCAUAGUAGAGCAAUUGGGGACUCAAAAUAAAUAAAUAAAUCUCAGGUAGUAACCCAAAUUACGUAUUUUUUUUAAAAAAGUUGAUAUUUUCCAUACUGCUAUGCGUUUCUGGAAUAUACAACAGCUACAAAUAAAUGAAAUCCAUAGGCUUUUUGGUGUUACAAUAUUCUACAUGGAUAAGGAACAAGGAAUAUGCAGGAAAUCGCUAGCUACUGUAAUUUUUUAUAAAACUUAAUCUGAACUUAAAUUUCAAUCAAUAAUAGUUUGGUAUUUUUUCUUUAUUUUUAAUUUGGGUACUACCUAACAAAUAUUUUUUUAAGAUAUUGCAUAGCUUUUAUCGCAGGCAUUGAGCGCGGCGACCGAAUCGAGAAAUUCCGUAACGAAAAUAAAACCUAACACCCCCCACUCCGCCUACCAUGUAGAUCGCGUUCAACACAUUCACACGUGCUUGUGUAGUGUUUGUGAAUGAGCGCGCAGCGUGACGUUGCACUGCAUGCGCAUGAAAAUUCUACCCAUCUCUCUCUCGCGCGGUCUAGCUUAUGAGUGUGAAGGGGACAGUUAACGUUUUGCUUUUUUUAAUGUUUAUAAAUAUAUGGUGGUCUUAUUUUAUUAUUGUUUUAAUAUUAAAUUAUUACUGUCUAAUUAUAAUAGCUUAAUUUGAUAAAAAAUGCUAUGCAAUAGCUUUACCGCAGCAGUUCCCGAGUGCCACACGUGUUUUUUAUUUUUUGUUUUGUGUCCCCAACAGCUCUACUAUGAGGUGUUUCAGGAUUAUCCAUUCUUUUUGGGACAUCCUGUAUAUUAUUAAUUAUGUAUGUACUAUUCAUUCUACGUUUAAUACGGGACGUGGGAACUAAAGUGUGCCAUGGACGCGCACAAAACUCAUGUAUUAAAUUAAGUUAAAAUGAAUAUACACACGUGUCGCCAGCACUCUGUAAGUAUUAAUUCUCAUAUUUAAUUUAAUAAUUAUUUUGGUGAGACCGUUCUUGACUUCCGUGUUUUCAUUUUGCGUUCGACAAUAUUUUAUAGCUCCUUUAGAAUUGAAGUGACUUAAUUCAUAAUCUUUGUUUUUUUUUUUUUAGUGAACUCCGAAAGUGUAAUUGAAUAAUUUUACUUCAUUUUUUUUUCUAUUUUAAUAGUUGCGCUCGAUUUGAAAAGAGACGGAAAUCGUAUCUUUGUCCUUUUCUAGACUAAAAGAGACUGUUUGAUUUUUUUAUUGAAACUAGCGACAUCUUUUAGCGGUUGCCCCUAAACUUAUAGGUUGUUAAAAUUAAGACAUUUAAUUAUUAUAUUACUAAACACAGAAAAAAAAUCAUUCAAGUCUUUAUUUGUUAUAGACAAAUUUAUUAAAUUUUAUCGAUUUGUGGUUUCUGAAAAUUUACAAAAUCCUUCAUUAAAAAUAAAAUAUAGGAUAGGUAAUAUGUUACUGCCAUCUACAGGAGCAAUGAGAAACUAAUCGAAGCGAAGCCAUCUAGUGGCCGACGUCCGUAAACACUUUUUUGAGUGUUUGAGUUGCUUAUCUAUGGUUCGAAGCAUGAAACUUAUUUUCUUUAUGCUUUUAGUUAAGCCACUUCAAUUCUAAAGGUAUCUUCUUUUGACUUUAUGUAACUUUAUUCUGACUGAGAAAUAUAAUAAGUUCGGUUAACAUUUGGCAGCGCUUUUAUUAAGAAAAAAAAUCAUGACCAACUGUAGUUUAAACAAAGGAUUGCUCAUACGAUAAUUGUAAAAAAAUAUAUAUAUACAUACAUUAUUAUUAUUAUAUAGUUUGAAAAUUUUCAUUUGUGAUAUUUUUAAAAUUAAGGACUAAUAAAAAUAUAUAAUUAUGAUUAUUAUGAGAAAUGUAAAUAAUUCACUACUAGAACGAUGUUCCUGAUGGUAUUUUUUUCGGUUUUUUUUUUUAUAUAAUUUUUUUCGAAUGUAAAAUGCUUGCCUAUUUGUCAUUUUAAGGUAUGAAUCGUCUCGGGCGCUCAAUAUAGUUAGUACUGUUCCCAAAUGCUUGUCCAUUAGAGAAACGGGUUUCUAAAUAAAAGAAAUAAAAUUUUAAAAAACAUAUUAUUAUAUUAAAAGAAUAGCCUGAAUAUUGUAAAUAAUGAAAAUACAUUUAUUGACGGAAAAAAAAUACAUAUUUUAUAUUUAAGUGUAAAA